AUGACCGCGCUGGUGGACCCGGGCCGGUUGGCCUUGGUCAGCGACGCAGAUCUCCACCAGGCCCAUGUAGCCCUCCAGCAUCAGCAGAGCUCGGAAGUUUCAGUACCACGAGUGUUCAUUUCUCACAUCGUCGAGGAACUCAUCUAUCGCCGCGAACAGCACACCUCCAUCGCGGAGAUCGAACAUGAGUGUAGCCAUCUCCGCAAAGAGCUCCGCAAACACACCCACAUCAAUGAAGCAUUUCAGAAGGAGCUGCGUGAGAUCGGAGAGAUCAUCACGCAAGUGGCUCAUGGAGACCUUUCGCAACGCGCCCGUAUGCAUCCCCUGGAGAUGUCGCCUGACAUUGCGACCUUUAAGCAGACCAUCAACACCAUGAUGGACCAGCUGCAGGUGUUUAGUCAGGAGGUCUCGAAAGUCGCUCGCGAAGUCGGCACUGAGGGCGUUCUCGGAGGCCAGGCGAAGAUUGAAGGCAUCCAGGGCAUCUGGCACGAGCUGACGGUCAACGUCAACGCUAUGGCCAAUAACCUCACGACCCAAGUCCGUGACAUCACCACUGUCACUACUGCAGUAGCCAAAGGCGACUUGACGCGUAAAGUACAGGCGGACUGCAAGGGCGAGAUCCUCCUGCUGAAGAAUAUCAUCAACUCGAUGGUCGAUCAGCUACGGGAAUUCGCUUUCGAGGUCAGCCGGGUGGCCCGGGAGGUUGGAUCGGACGGCACACUGGGUGGCCAAGCCGUCGUCCAUGGCGUGGAGGGCACUUGGAAGAACCUAACCGACAAUGUCAAUCGCAUGGCAUCCAAUCUUACCCAGCAAGUCCGCGAGAUAGCGCAAGUGACGACUGCUGUUGCACGAGGCGACCUCACGAUGAAAGUGACCGCCGACGUUAAGGGCGAGAUCCUGGAUCUGAAGCUUACGAUCAACGCCAUGGUCGACCGACUCAAUCAAUUCGCUUUCGAGGUUAGCCGAGUGGCCCGGGAAGUCGGAACCGACGGCACGUUGGGUGGACAAGCACAGGUGGAAAACGUCGAGGGUCGUUGGCGUGAUCUGACGGACAAUGUCAACACCAUGGCGCAGAACCUGACGAUGCAGGUCCGGCAGAUAUCCAACGUGACCCAAGCAAUUGCACAGGGUGACCUCAGCACUAAGAUUGAGGUUCAUGCACAAGGCGAGAUCUUGACUCUGAAAGAAACGAUAAACAGCAUGGUCGAUGGCCUUGGACACUUUGCCAGUCAGUUGAAAAGCGUGGCAAGGGAUGUGGGUGUCCGAGGUGUACUCGGUGGGCAGGCAAACGUUGACGGGUCUCUCGGCAUCUGGCGUUCAAUCAGUGAAGAUGUCAACACCAUGGCCGAGAACCUGACGUCCCAGGUUCGAGCCUUUGGAGAGAUCACAGAGGCAGCAAUGAGCGGCGACUUUAGCAAAUUGAUUACCGUGUCGGCAUCAGGUGAGAUGGAUGACUUGAAACAAAAGAUCAAUAAAAUGAUCUGGGGCCUGCGAGAUAGCAUCCAGCGCAAUACCGCCGCGCGCGAAGCUGCGGAGCUGGCCAACCGUAGCAAGUCCGAGUUUCUUGCCAACAUGAGUCAUGAAAUUCGAACGCCGAUGAAUGGAAUUAUCGGUCUUUCGAGUUUGUCUCUCGAUACUGACGACCUCCCUCCGCACGUGCGAGAGACACUGAACAUGGUCCAUAACCUUGCAAUCAGUCUUCUUACCAUCAUCGACGACAUUCUCGACAUUUCCAAGAUCGAGGCAAACCACUUGAAGAUAGAAAAGACGCCAUUCAGUCUCGGGGUGACGGUAUUUAGUGUUUUGAAAGCCCUGGCCGUGGAAACCAACGAGAAGGCCUUGAAUCUGGUCUAUACGGUCGACGGAAAAGUACCUGAUUACCUAGUCGGUGAUGCCUAUCGCUUACGGCAAGUGAUGCUGAAUCUAGUGGGAAAUGCGAUCAAAUUCACCGAGAAUGGCGAAAUCCAGGUGGCCAUCAAGCGCGCUAGAAACGUUCAGUGCGAGCCAGAUGAAGCAAUGUUUGAGUUUUCGGUGUCAGAUCCGGGUAUUGGAAUCGAGGAGAGCAAGCAAAGUCUCAUUUUUGACAAAUUCCAGCAAGCAGAUGGGUCAAUGACGCGCCGGUUUGGCGGAACUGGAUUGGGUCUUGCCAUUUCAAAACGCCUCGUGGCUCUCAUGGGCGGUGACAUCUGGGUGUCAUCGCAGCCUGGCCAUGGCAGCACAUUCGCUUUUACCUGUCGGGUGAAACUUGCCGAAGCUCCCCUAGGAUUCGCGGAGCAACUGUCCCCUCAGCGCGGUCGUCGAAUUCUGAUAAUCGAUGAAGGCCAUAUAGCAGGAUUCCCGGCCGCUCAGAUGUUGGUUGAACUAGGACUAGAACCUCUGGUCGUGACCAGUGAACAGCUUGCUUCCGGCCCAUGCCAGACUGAAUGGAGCUACGCCAUUGCCGCAAUUCUGGUCUCUUCAAUGGAGACUGCCGAGAAGCUGCGGGCUUAUGGUGAUUUUAGUACCAUCCCAAUGGUACUCAUGGCGCCCAUAGUGUACCUCACAAUCAAAUCGGCCGGCGAGGUCGGUCUCAUGUCCUAUAUCGCAACCCCAUGCCGCCCGGUCGACUUGUGGAACGGCCUUCUGCCCGCCCUGGGUAACCGCUCCAAUCACGCGCCAUCAGGGUAUACCCGAUCACUAGCCAUUCUGUUGGCAGAAGACAACGGCGUCAACCAGAAGGUAGCUGUUCGCAUGCUUGAAAAGUUUAACCAUAACGUCACCGUGGUAGAGAACGGGCUGCAGUCCGUGAACGAGGUGAAAAGAAACCGAUACGACGUCAUCCUCAUGGACGUUCAGAUGCCCGUAAUGGGUGGCUUUGAGGCAACUGCCAAGAUCAGAAACUACGAAAAGAUCAACGGGUUACCGCGAACUCCCAUAGUGGCUCUCACCGCUCAUGCGAUGCUCGGGGACCGCGAAAAAUGUCUUUCUGCUGGCAUGGAUGACUAUCUUCCUAAACCACUGGACCCGAACAGAAUGAUGCAGACGAUUCAGAAGUGGUCUCUACAAUCCGCCACGCCUUGA